ACUAGUCAAUGGCUUCCCAAAACAGGAAGUUGUGUUUCAACUACGCGAGGCAGGAAGAUGCAAUACAGCCUAGUGCAGUGCGAAAGGUUAUAUGAUAUACGGAAAGAGAUAUUGAUACGUUGAUCAUUCGUGGCACAAACGAGCGUUAUAUUAUAGUAAGGAGAGACGUUACAGCGGAUAAAGUGAUUCAUAUAGUUUGUGUCAGUCUAUACUAUCAUUGAGAGUUUUAGAUGUACGUAACGCUUUACGUUUGUUAGUUAGACAUGCAGCGUAACAUGACAACGGGAACAAAACACCCACGCAUGGGCGGUUGAAAACAGUUUUAGAGCCUUAUUUUGACGGCUAUAGCAGCCGAGUCCGCGUAAUUGGAUAAGCUUGGCUAGACUCGUUAACCGCAAGUCAAUACAAUUUCUAUUCAAACUCGCUUAUGCGUUAGGUUCAUCGAUUAGUUUACUACCAAAACCCAGGGCGCGCUAACAAAGUGUUUCUGUUUAUUGUACCAGUUACAGUGAGAACUUAUACAACAAAAUGUCGGCGCAUAUUCUAAAGUGGAGCCAGCUGUACAAGCUGCCAAGAACUACUGCUUUUAUCAAAGGUAUCCGACCCCAGCACACCGCGUCAUCACCUGCACACGGAGAUGAUGUCUACCAACAACCGUUGGUGAAAACUGAGAUUCCUGGACCCAAAACCAAGCAACUGUCGGAUCGAACCAGCUCCAUGCAAAACACCGGAGCUCUGGCGUUCUUCUGCGACUUCGAGCGAAGCAAAGCGAACUACCUCGUCGACGGUGAUGAAAACAUUAUCUUAGAUUGCUUUCAACAAAUUUCAUCUAUGCCGUUAGGCUACAACAACAAAGAACUACUUGACUUAUGCAAAACACCAGCGUUUCAGUCGACCGUUUUGAACCGUCCCGCUUUAGGGAUUUUCCCUGGUACAGAUUUCCCUCAAUUGAUACAAGACACUCUGCUCAAAGUCGCCCCACCAGGAUUAAACCAAGCCGUUACAAUGGCUUGUGGUAGUUGCGCCAAUGAAAACGCGUACAAAGUCGUGUUUAUGUGGUACAUGAAAAACCAAAGAGGAGAAGAGCUGCCUUUGCCGGACGACGAAGCGUUCACAACAUGCAUGAAAAACCAGAUCCCUGGCUCGCCAAAGUUAUCAAUAUUAUCCUUCGAUGGUGCAUUUCACGGCAGAACACUGGGAACUCUGUCUACAACUCACAGUAAACCGAUUCAUAAGCUCGACAUACCUGCUUUUGAUUGGCCGAUUGCUCCUUUUCCAAAGCUUAAGUAUCCGCUAGAGGAGCACGAGAGCGAAAACACCAAAGAGGAGGCUCGUUGCUUGGCUGCGGUCGAGGAAUUGAUCACUGAGUGGAGCAAGAGAGCACCAGUAGCGGGGAUCGUGGUUGAACCGAUUCAAGCAGAAGGCGGCGACAAUCACGCAUCUGACGAUUUUUUUCGAAAACUUCGAGAAAUUGCGCUCAAGCACAAUGUAGCGUUCGUGGUGGACGAGGUGCAGACAGGAGUGGCAAUAACGGGAAAGUGGUGGGCUCAUGAACACUGGGGGUUAGAGACACCUCCAGAUAUUGUCACCUUUGCAAAGAAAAUGUUCAUCGGUUACUACUUCAACGAUAACAUGCGGUGGAACACUGGCUAUCGUAUUUACAAUACGUGGAUGGGGGAUCCAUCAAAGCUGCUUUUCCUUGAAAAAACGAUCGACAUUAUCAAUUCCCGGGACCUCGUAUCGGCAGCUGAGACAACCGGGGAUUAUUUGAUUAAAAGUCUCAAAGAUCUUGAGAAAGCCCAGCCGGGGUUGCUUUCUUCCAGUAGAGGCCGCGGCAUGUUUACUGCUACAAAUGUAAGAGAUCCAGGAGCAAGGGACAAAGUCGUCAAGCAUAUGCUAAGCCAAGGUGUAUUGGUUGGUGCUUGUGGAACAGAAAGCAUCCGAUUUCGUCCGUCGCUUCUAUUCACUCCUACCCAUGUUGACAUUGCGAUGGAUAGAUUGAACCAGGGCCUAAACAGUGUGAAAGGAUAAACUAUGUGCUUUUAACUGCUAAAUGCUGCAAACCGUUGGUAAACGGUAACUUAUAAGUGGUUUAUAUUUCAGUAAUUUACAAUUACCAAACUAUAAAAUUGUAAUUUUUCUAUAGUAUGGUGGGGAAAGAUGGGACACCUUUUACCUCUAUUUUCUCGCCCCGUUUAGUAGUAAACAAAGAACAUUCAAGAAAUUCUAAAACUAGAUGCCCAUAACUCUCAUUGACCGUUGUUAAUUGUUUAAAACACGAUCAGGAUAUUUGGAUAUUAUGUGCUAAAGGUGUCCCAUCUUACCCCACCCUACUAUAUUACAUUUUAAACCCUUGUGUUCUAAACAUGCUUGUUGGUGAAACUUCUUUAAUGUUCUGUUAACCUUUAUUUUGCACUGCAGGACUUGCAAUUAUUAGUACGAUUUGACUUUAAUUAUUUUUCAUGUCUGCCAUAUUUGGACGCAAUGCUAUUAUCUAUAUACAUAUAAUGUAAAUGUAUAUCAUUUGCACUCUUGUCGUGUAAAAAUACAAAAAUGCUACGAAUCGGU